CUCCUCCUCCUGAGAGACGGUGUCCGCCGCCGUCGCUCCUGCCGCCCCUCCGCUCCGUUCCUUCCUCCUCGGCCGCGGCGGCGAUGUGACUCUCCUCUCCUGGCUCGGCCCGCCCCAGCUGCGCGGCGAACAUGGCGGAGCCUUCUGUUGAGUCGGCAAGCCCAGGAGGGUCGGCAACAUCAGAUGACCAUGAAUUUGACCCAACGGCUGACAUGCUGGUUCAUGAUUGUGAUGAUGAAAGAACAUUAGAAGAGGAAGAAAUGAUGGAAGGUGAAACAAACUUCAGUUCUGAGAUUGAAGAUCUUACCAGGGAAGGUGAUAUGCCAAUUCAUGAACUACUUAGCCUUUAUGGCUAUGAUGGUACUGUACCGCUACCAGAAGAAGAGGAAGAGGAGGAGGAGGAGGAGGGUGAGGGUGAAGAUAAUGAUGACAACAGUGGCUUCAGUGGAGAAAAUAAAGAGGAGGCCACAAAGGAUUCAUCUGGUCAGGAGGAUGAAACCCAAUCCUCCAAUGAUGACCCAGCACCAUCUACCAUACAGGAAAUAAUUCGACCACGUCGGUGUAAAUAUUUUGAUGCAAAUAGCGAAAUAGAAGAAGAAUCUGAAGAAGACGAAGAUUAUAUUCCUUCAGAAGAUUGGAAAAAGGAAAUUAUGGUGGGUUCCAUGUUUCAAGCUGAAAUUCCACUUGGAAUAUCUAAAUACAAAGAGAAUGAGAGAGUAUAUGAAAAUGAUGACCAACUGCUCUGGAAUCCUGAUCACUUGACUGAAGAAAAAGUGAUUGAAUUCCUUAAUGAAGCCUCUAGACGAACUGGUGAUGAAAGAGGAAUAGAUGCUAUUCCUGAAGGGUCUCAUAUUAAAGACAAUGAGCAGGCCUUGUAUGAGUUAGUGAAAUGCAAUUUUGAUACCGAAGAAGCACUGAGAAGAUUAAAAUUUAAUGUGAAAGCAGCUCGAGAGGAGCUAUCUGUCUGGACGGAGGAAGAAUGUAGAAAUUUUGAACAAGGUUUGAAGGCCUAUGGAAAGGAUUUUCACUUGAUUCAGGCAAACAAGGUACGAACACGAUCUGUUGGUGAAUGUGUAGCAUUUUAUUACAUGUGGAAAAAAUCAGAACGAUAUGACUUCUUUGCUCAGCAAACACGAUUUGGUAAAAAGAAGUACAAUCUGCAUCCAGGUGUAACGGAUUAUAUGGACCGCCUGCUAGAUGAAAGUGAAAGUGCUGCAUCCAGCCGGGCUCCCUCCCCUCCACCCACAGCUUCUAACAGCAGCACCAGCCAUUCAGAGAGAGAAGACAGUACAGCCAGCAACAGUAAUCAAAAUGGUAUAUCUACUAAUGGACCUGAAUUAUCCAGCAAGGAAGAAGUAAAAAUUGAAGGAUUACAUAUGAAUGGACCAACAAUGGGCAAAAAAAUGCCACUUGGGGAUUUUGAUUCAAAUGGUUAUGAAACAGAAAAUAUUUCCAAUCAUUCGAAACUUGCUCAUACAAAUGCAAGAAAUGAAAAUGAUUUUGAAGAAAAAAACGAAAGGCCUGCAAAGAGGAGAAGAGUCAACAGUAACGGAAAGGAUAGUCCAGGAUCCUCAGAAAUGUUUCCAGAACCAGUAGCUCAAGGGAAGUUUGGAGAACAGGAGACUGUGGAUGACUAAAUGUUUGGUUUUUUUUCCUUUGAGUAAUUUUUUGGGUGUCUGAAAUUUUCAGGGUUGAUAGGUUACCUUAUUGAUUCAAAUUCCAUAACAUAAUGCUAUUGAGAUUUUGAAAUACAUUUUCAGAGCUUCUAAAUUCUGGUCAAAUGAAGUUACAGUAUGCUUUUUAUCCUUUAAUACAAAUGUAGUGAAUGGAAGAGUAUUCUGUUGAACAGAUCUUCCUGGUCAGUUUGUGAAAGAAGCAUCUGUUAUACUUGCUGUUCUCUGCAAAUCACCUUAAGUCACUGAACUGUCAAAGUAAUGAGCUGCGAAGGCAUGUAUCAGAGAGGUAACAAAAUUCAUAAAGGUGCUGCAAGUAGCUGUUGAUUUUUGUGUUUGUCCACAGGAAGAGAAAGCAUCUGAUGAUAAAGGAAUACCUGUAAAUCCUGAAAAUUGUAUGUGAAAAACUAUUUUUAUAUAUAUAGAAAUAUUUAAAAAUGAACCAAGUCAGGUUUGUAUAUGUAAAAUUGUUGACAUCAGUGAUGUCUUUUCAUAUUCCUAUCUGGAUAUAAAAAUACAUUCUGUAUUUUUCCAGAUUCUUUGUAGCCUUUGAAAGAUUUUUACAUACUUAUGUCAUGAUUGAGGUGUCAUUUCUAAAAACAAGAGUGUGUAAUUUUCGUAACUUGUACAGUAUGGUAAACUUUUAUGAGAUGUUCAGAAGAAUCUGUCAGCUUCAUUUUAUUUUGCUAAAGCUUUUUUAUUAACAGUAAAUCAUAUUUCAGAAAGCAGUAAAAAUUAAAUAUUUAAAAUUCACACCCAGUUAUGAAUAUUGAAAACUUCUCUUGUGACAAUAGUGACUUGGAAUUUUAGAGUUUAGCUCGAUGCUUUGAUUGCACAAGUGUUCUUCCUUUUAUAAUAUUAUUUGAAUUUAUUUUUAUGAUAGUAGAAAUCAGCUUAAUGGUUUAAUAUGGCUAAAUCUUGUUAGCCAAGUUAAAACAUUAUACACACUACUAUUAGGAAAUGGGUCAAAUGAUUCUGACUGCCUUGAGGCAGCACCUAAACUAGUGUUCAGUGAAGUUUAGUGGGACUGAUGCUACUUAUUUGAAAGCAGAAGAGUCUUCAUGUAAAGUAAUUGUUGCAUAAGUGAACAAAUACACACAUUUAUCUAUUUGCAGUACCAUUAGGGCUGUUAUUGUGUGUGGGUUUUUUUUUUAAUUGCUAGAAAUCAUUGACAAUGUGGUUGGGAAUAUCCCACAAAGUAAUUGGGUUAUGGCCAUAAUGGAGGUUUGCAACAUCUGUCCCUUGAUAGCUAAAUACAGUCAUGUAAAGUUACUCAUUAAAAAGAUAACUUAAGUCAUCCACCUGUCCUUUGGCUCACUUUAAAUGUUCUGACCACACUGUUUCAGGUUGGCCUGAUUGUUGUGGUAGGCUUGGCAGAAUGUUUAGUCUUUCAUUAUAAACCUCAAACUGCUUUUUAAGACCCUCUGUUGUAAUUUCAUUGUAGACAUCACUGGAACUAUUUAAAGAUUAAUUUAGCCCCAUUUUUCAUAAAAUGUUUUGGGUGAAUUCUGUAACUUCACAAUUCAGGGCCAAUAUUUAUUUUGUCUACAGCUCAACAGCAGUGUAUCUCAGUAAAUGUCAUUUGCAGAUUUAGAGAUUACAUCCUUACCCCCUUGUAAAUCCCAUUGCUUUAGAAAGCUGCCAGUGUUAUUAAUAUGGGAAUCCAAAGUUUUCACAGCCUUGUAUCAAAGAUUGUCUUUCAGAGCAAGGCAAUGUAAUGCUUUUAGAAAUCUUUGCAACCUAUUUUUCUGUUGCUUAUAUUUUGCAAGUUGGAAAUGACUGCAAAACAGUUCAUAGGAAACUUUAUAAAUAUAUUGUUCUCAGGCUUGUACGUAAAAUAUAGCACUGUGUACAUGUUCAGAAAUUACUUGGAUCUUUAAUCUUACCUUUAAAGGUAUGCCUAAGAAAAGUCCUGACAUUCCAUAAUCAAUAUGUAAUGCUCAGCUGUUCUUUAAGUAUUUAAUUGCAAUGUGCAUUUUCUUUAUGCAGGUGUUUAUAUACAAUAUUUUGUUCAUGUUCUUUAAAUGCAGCCACUAUAACUUGAUAAGACAUUGCACUAGUAGUACUAUUUAAAUUCUAGUAAUAUAGUAACUGUUCAAGAAACUUUCAAUGCAGUUUGGAAUUAAUUAAAAAUUUCCACUUGUUUCCAAAUUGAAUUGAAUGUCAGUGCAGCUUGUGUAUAGUCCUUGUAUUCUUUUAAGCACUGUUGUGUCCAGUUGGACGCUGUGUCCUGAUCCAUGAAGUGCAUUGCGUGCAGUCUGAUUCAAACCUUCAAUUCAACAGGUCUAACUGUUGGGCUUUAUAAAGGGUUGAAAGUGAUAUUUUGAAAGAAAUUUAAAGAUUUGCAAAUUAGUUUUUAUAAAUUUUUCACAUAGUACUUUUGCACUGUUGGUAAUCUCCAUGCCCCUUUCCCUAGCUCCCUGUCUGCAAUUCUGGAAAAGCUUAUUAAAGUAUUUUUUUAAACAUAUGCUUAUAUAAAUACUAUUGUUGAAUA